GCGGGGCUCUGAACGCAGAUCAAUGAACUCUUCUAAAUAAACGCGCAGGGCAAUCGAAGUUGGGACAGAAUACGUUGUCAUCUCAAAUUGGCUAAGUUUAUAUCCCAUUGGCAACUAAAAAGUAACCCUAACACGCAGGGGAACCGAAUUCUAACGUUAACUCUAUGUAGUAUAGAGUCAAAUUUAUAACUUUGUCAAGCUAGCCUGGCGUCGGAUACACACCAAUCUAAUAGCUACAACUGGAUAAACAUACAGUUGUGUGCCGAGGAAAUUAAGAACUGAGGAUGAUUUUCGCUAAUACAGCCAAUCCUAUAAGGACGUCAUAUCGAAAGCAGGUAGGCCUACAUAUGAACCGCAACAUUUUAAGAGCAGAUGCCCAUCGCCCCGUCCUCACACCCAAUGGCUCCAACCAGCCCCAGCACCAACGGCAGCAACAACAAUAGCAGCAGCAGCAGUACUGCAGGCUGGGAGCAGCUCAGCAAGACCAAUCUGUACAUCCGAGGGCUGGCCCCGGCAACCACCGACCACGACCUGGUCAAGCUCUGUCAACCGUAUGGAAAAAUCGUAUCGACGAAGGCCAUCCUGGACAAGACGACAAACAAAUGCAAAGGUUAUGGCUUCGUGGACUUCGACAGCCCAGCUGCCGCUCAGAAGGCGGUCUCGGCCCUGAAGACCAAUGGGGUCCAGGCCCAGAUGGCUAAGCAACAAGAGCAGGACCCGACCAACCUGUACAUCUCCAACCUGCCCCCCUCCAUGGACGAGCAGGAGCUGGAGAACAUGCUGAAGCCUUUCGGACAGGUCAUCUCCACCCGCAUACUGAGGGACUCCAGCGGGGCCAGCCGCGGCGUGGGCUUCGCGCGGAUGGAAUCCACGGAGAAGUGCGACGCGGUGAUUUCCCACUUCAACGGAAAGUACAUCAAGACGCCGCCGGGAGUGCUUCCUCCGUCGGAACCCCUGCUGUGCAAAUUCGCCGACGGGGGGCAGAAGAAGAGGCAGAGCCAGAGCAAGUACAUGCAGAACGGCCGAGUGUGGUCCCGGGACGGUGAGGUGAGACUCGCAGGGAUGACUCUCACGUACGAUCCUACCACAGCCGCUAUGCAAAACAGCUUUUACCCCUCACCCUACAGUAUUGCCAACAGGAUGAUCGCUCAGACGUCCAUGCAGCCGUACAUCUCGCCUGUUUCCACGUAUCAGGUACAGAAUCCCUCCUGGGUUACCCACCAGCCCUACAUCAUGCAGCACCCGGGAGCAGUGUUGUCGCCCUCUAUGGACCACACCAUGUCACUGCAGCACUCGUCCAUGAUGGCUCCUCUCAACCAGCAGAUGAGUCAUCUCUCCCUGGGCACCACAGGAACGUUUAUGCCUGCCAAUACAGCUAUGCAAGCAGCCUAUAUUCCUCAGUAUGCCCACAUGCAGACCGCAGCUGUCCCCGUGGAGGAAAGCGGUGGACAGCAACCAGUGGAAUCUUCUAGCGAUCAUUCUCCUUACAGCUAUCCACAAACCAAGUAGUACAAGGUGUUCUGUGAGUGCUGGGACAGGUGAGACCAUCAUGGCUGCCUCCGUCAGGCCACACCAUACGGAUUUAACAACAUUUUGCACAGGUUCUUGUCGAUAAUAAAUUCAACCAAAACUAUUUUGGUAUAACUUCUGUGAGGUGCAAAUAAAUGCAGAAUUUUGUCAAAGGAUAUUGCUUCUCUUGAAAAAAAGGAGAACAUUUUAUUUUAAUAAGGAAAGACCGUUUAAUUUUUUUUAAAUCAAGGAUUGUCACAAGGACACGAGAACACCAAGGAUUGCGUGACGUGACGUAAUACUCAUGACAGUAAAGAGGUCUUUUGUUAAUGUUUUGUAUGAUUUUAAUGAUUUUUUUUUCUACUUUUGCUUUGUACUUUCCCCUCUGAAGUUUAUUAGCCAGACAUCUUGAAAAAUGAUAUUUUGUGCUUGCUGUGUGAGUGUCUUUGUGUUAUUCUGGUGAAGUGUUACCUGUCAAUUCUUGUAAAAAAAAAACAAAAAAAACAUUGUCUUUAGUAUAGAUAUGUCUUACCAUUCAAUUUGCCUUAAAUUCUUUUAUACAGUGGCUGUUUAGGCAACCUUUAAGACUAGGCGGAGCAAAAAUUGUCAAAUAAUUGCCUUGUAAAUCAGCUAGUUAGGGCUUUUAGGGUAUAGCUAAUUAAAAUUCUGUCUAGGAGUUUAGAUUUUUUUUAGGAGUUUAGAUUUUUUCCCCACCUUCCUGAUCUUUGCUGAAUAGUAAUCGAUGUAGAACUUUAAACUAGAGUAGACAACAUGCUUUGAGUGAGAUACUUCCUGAAUCUGAUCCGUUUUAAUGGGCUGUAAUGGUUUUGUACCUGGAUGACCUAACUUCCUUCUGGUUGUGUGAGUGUUGUAGAAAUUCGGCCCAAUGAUCACUUUUUAAUUGUUGCCUUUUAGCUAACUUUCUCAGCUAACUAAAUGCAGUAGUUUUAGUGAAGGAUGAAUUUAUUUGGAUUGGGGAAGGGAAGGGACAGGCCUGGCUUGACCAGUGGGUUUGGAGGGAGUGCAAACUGCCAGGAAUUGGCAGGAGUUUAUUUUUAAGAAUAUUUUUGCUUUUCAGUCGAAAUACGGUAAACAAGCUCAGAUUUAUGAUUGUGCAAAAACUAGCAAACAAAACUUGCCUUCCAAAAUAGCUGUGGCAAAAUAAGAGAGUAUUAACAAAACCUGAGCAGUGAAUAAACAACUUUAAAUGAAACUAGCUAUUUCAUAGGAAAAAAAAACCUUGGCACUUUCAAAAAAGUUUACUUCACCAAAGAUCUGAUGAGCUAGUACAUUUUGGAAAUUGUUUAAUGUUUCUCUCUCUCUUGCAGUAUGUGUAACAAAUGUUUUUUGUUUGUUUUGUUUUGUUUUGUUUAGUUUAGUUUUUUUGCCAGACGAGAGUGCGGUUUGGAUAAUGUGCCUUUUUUGUAUGUUUGCAUUCAGUUUUUUGUCUAGACCUAAUAGACCUAAUAACAUAUGAAUUUAUUAAUGUAUUGAUACCAACAAGUGUGAAGGAAGAUCUGGAUCUCGCGUGUGCUACGCCGGCUGAUUUCAUCACUACAAAAAGAAGAAGAAAUGCAAUAAGAAAAAAAAAAAAAAACCAGGAAAUAAGGCAGUUUGAAACUAUGAAAUGAUUUAACUCCGUAAUCUGCUUUUCCAUUGUAUCGCAGAUGAGAUAUUAUAAUGAAAGCUUUAUUCUUUUUUAAUCACAGUAGAUAGAAAGGCUUUAUAAAUUAAGUUGUCUUCCAAAAGACUGUGUUUUGACCUGGUUGUCGGACUGACCAGUUAUCUACCUCAGAGUUUUCUUUUUCCUUUAAGUUGGGCCGGGUUAGCGGGUCCAGCCCGCCCUUCCAGACCAAAAGCCAAGCUCAGGAGCUGGCAGUAUACGGUUAUUUUCAGUUUAUUUUUUAAAUUUUUUUUAAAAAUAGAAAAGACAUCUUUUUACGACGUCAGAUAUUAUCAUUAUUACAAAACAUUAUGCGUUGAGCGUAUUUUAUCUGUGUCCACACAUUCAGUUUCAUAGUUUCAAAAGAGAAGAAGAUUUGCUGCUGUGGUCACAAAGACUAGCCGAUUGAAGUCCAUCAGAAAAGAGUACGAAUGUGAACAUUUUGGUGUUUAAUGGAUCUGUGCUCCUCAGGACAGGGUCCAGCAAUGCCUGUGGAAGCCUCUUCCUGCGCAGUUUCCAUCACGACCAUGCUUGGGAUUUCUAUAUCCGGUUUGCCUAAGACUGAAACAUAGUACAGUACUAUAGAACGCAUAGAGGUUGUGCUGCUUGUGACAUCUGAAAAAAAGUGCCAUACUCCACCUGGAUCAAGAGUCCUUAAAGUACAGCAUACCGAAAAAGGAACGCUCAUUGGAAUCAACCAUCACGUACAAAACAUCAAAUAAGUUAUAUUAAAAAAAGUAAUUUAUGGAGAAAGACCUUUUGUACAGACUGUUUAAAGAAAUUAAUAAAUGAAAAAAAUUCUUAGAGAUAUCUAAAAUGAUUGCUAGAGUUCAUUUCUUUUAAUUUAGUUUUACAGUGCCACAGAGAUGCCAGUGGUAACUUGUAUGUCCGGUUACAGGAAACCCUCCUCUGUAUUUUUGUCUUUUUGUGUGUUUUUUACUUUUCAUUUAAAAAAAUAAUAAAACUGGCACCCGACGUGGAGCUGAGCAUGUCCAAUUCCCACCCUAAUUUAGGAAUGCCUAACUGUCUGCAGCCGCAGCUACGUCCCGACCCACUGCCGAGCGUAGACGAUCGCGGUUCUCCGACGAAACGCGCUGUCGCUAUUCUGUUUCUUUUCACGCUGCAGUCCACUGCUACUCUCGUAGAGUGGAGUCGGAGGAAGACCUUUCAUGUGCGGCUUUAAAAUGCAGUCCGCAGGUGCCUGAUCGACCAGCAGAGGUCGCUAGAUAGCGAUGGAACGCAGACCCCUGAACGUUCUCCCGUACCCUGGGGAAUGCAUUUACCAACUGAGCAUCGCUCUAUGGAGCUGCCGGCCCCAGUUCGCCCUCGCAAUUUGUCCAAAUUCGAUCAGAGGCCGUUGGGCUCACCCAUGUACCACAGCGGGGUGCCUUAACCGAACGAGCCACCCAGCAGCUCUCCUUUUCAUGUUUGUUAAAUCCAAAAAAAAAAAAAAAUUUUGUUUUGAACUGUAAAUUUUCCAUUGGUUGUUACUUCUCUUUUGUUUUCUGUUAAUUUCUUGAGAAAAAAAAAAAGCUUUUGAAUAAAAACGUCAAUCAGA